GCUUACUGUGGCCGUUACUGCUGUCACGCAAGCUGUGACGUGGAACCCGGGUUGAAACAGACCCGCGAAAACUGAACAGUCCGGACGGACACCGGAAGAACGGGACCGUGAGGCCAUGGGUCAGGAGUUUCACAUCGUCAGGUGUUUCCGCUGUCAGAGCUUCCAGGUGCAACAGGUGAAGAAGGCGAGAAAGUGGAGCUGUAAACUGUGUGGAGAGAAACAGUCAUUGCUGAAGGAGUUUGGGCGGGGCAAUGCGGCAGACUGCAGACGUCACGUUCAGAAACUAAACGCCAUGAGAGGAGCCAUGAUGGAGGAGCAAGAGCGCCGUUCUUGGUCACUAUGGGAGCAGGAGCAGCAGGAGGAGCAGCAGGAGGAUGAGGAGCAGACAGACGAACCGGUGAGCCGCUGGAGCAAAUACUUGGACACACCUGAGGAGGUGGAGCAAGACGAUGAGGCAGAGCCUGAGGAGAAGGAUUUAGGAAAUCGAAGGCAGCUCCAUGGCAUCAAGAUGACUGACAGGAAGAGGAAGCGAGCCGAGGAAGCAGGACCAGAGGAUGUCCACACAUCUGAACAGCUAAACUGUAUGAAACUCCAAACACCUUCAACCAUAAACACCUGUAGCCCCACCCUCUUCACCACCAGGUGGGCUAAUUUCCUCAGCCCUGACUCAAAGGUGCAGGAGGGGGAGAAGCCUGCAGUUGGUGAGUGGAGUCAGUCUUUAAGUGGUGUCGCUGCUCCCUCCUGCUCUGGAAUAAUCAGCAGGCCCCGCCCUCUUCUUCCUGUUACCUCCAUGUUCGACAGCGGCGAGGACUUUAACUUUGACGACGACUUCCUUGUUAAACGUCUCCCGGAGUGAUUGUGCAUUUGUGUGUUUCUAAAGAGGAGACUCUGACAGACUGUGCUUUUCUUCAUGCUUUUAUUGCUCACACAGAAACGUUUAUAUGAUGAUCAAUAAAGAGAACAGAAACAUUGA